UGCCUACCCUGAGUUUUUGAACGACAGCAGUUGUGAAUGAUUGAUGGGUGUGUGACCCCCUUUUCAGUUGUAUUAAGUUUCUAUUGUAUUAAAACAUCAUAAACUACCAUUUUCUGUAUGUAUUCUUUCACUGGAGUCGAAUACCAACUAUGGGCAUGAUGAAUAACAUGAUAAUCAAAUGUGCAUCUGAUAUGUAAAACGUUUGCUUUUCAAAUGGGAUAGACAAAACAAUGAAUUUCUUAUAGCAUAGUGAAUAGAUAACAUGGUGUGUGCUCGCAAAUGUGUAGGUUUGGCUUGAAAAGUGGUGGGGGUACAGUGUUACAAUGUCAAAUUGUCCAUGUAUAGUAUUUUUGCAUUAUAUUUGUGAAAAAGUGGUGGAGACAAGCUAGGUCUAAAAAGUGGUAUGGACAUCGUGUCCCCACCAUGCACACCUGAAAUUACACCCAUGUGUUCCUAUGUACAGUCAAAGCCACAGUCGGACUAGUGCUACUGCCCACAAUGGACUACAUUAACCACAACGCUGUAGUUCUAUUUGUUAGCUGCCGUCCGUUUACGGCAAGCGAACGAGGAACUGCAGGGCGGGCGCGCGCGCACGCACACUAGUCUGUUGGCAGACAAAGUGCUGAUGAGACAUCGAAAGCAUGAACGGUUUCAAUAUAAUUUUACAGCAUCGAUCUCAAGGAUUGGGAAUCGCCGAAAGCAGGACAGUGUCUACAAGGACGCAUUGCAUGUAGAUGCAAGAUAAAGCCCUCACAUGCACAUACACACGCACAUGUAACCAGUAGUAUUCUCCCAGGGAAAGCAUAACACCAAGGAGGGCAUUUAAUGAACAUUGUUGUCCUUGUUGUGUCUACUUGUUCUUCAGAAACAUUCUCAAUGGUAUGCAGAUCGGUUUCUAUACGAAACUGCUACACAAUAGCCUACUGAGUAGUAUUUCACCUAGCUCCAAAACUCACUACAGCGACAACUAUCAAACACAGGUCUACCUCACCAUAAAUAAAAGAAACGCAACACUCCGCGGAUGAACAGAAGUUAGCCAUUUUUUGUUGUUUUUCUUUUAUUAAAAAAGCCAUUUGAACUUCCUGUUAAUAACUGGAAACAAUAGCCUCAAACAAAGCAAGAAUACACGCACAUACAGAUACAGACACGUCAUUAUAGCUGAGAAGUUCUACAGCGAAAAAUUUCCCAGGGCAACACCACCACCACAGUGCACAGUCUGCACACACAUUCCCACAUUCCGUACGGGUCAAGGGUAGGGUCAGGUUCAGGGUUACCGUGAGGUCACACACGCACACACCGCCACCACCACCGCCUCCUUCUUUCUUGUCUCCCCUCACCCCUCAACUGCAGCAACAGCAGCUUUCCCACAAUCCCGCUUGUUUCCUGUUUUUGCCCGUCCACCACUUUGGGGAACAACCACCACUGCCGCCACCUGCCAUCAUCACGCUUUUCCCCGAUGGAGCAACCUGGAGCUCACACCCCCCAUCCGCUCCCAGUGAGCUGACUGGCUCCCUCCCCGCUCUCCCCUACUCCUCCUCCCUCUCUCUCCCCCUCCAAGAACAUCCAGUGAGGAGGAGUGUGGAGUUUACACUUUAACCUUUGAACCCCCCAAGCCAUCACCAACAUCACCACCACCUCACUCCUUACCGCUGCAACCAUCAGAGAGUGACCCUGUCACCGUCACCCGUCACUUGCUUGUUGUCAUGGCGACGUCGGUGCGCUUCACGGUGACGCCAACCAAGGCGGAGGACGUGCCGGGCCUGUCGGACACCUCGCCGGACGUCAGCCUGCGCUCGGGCAACCGCGUGCACUUCGGCUCGCGGGAGAGCAUCAGCCGCAGCGAGCCCCAUAGCGAGGGGGGUCACACGGGCGCCGACACGCCGGACCAGUGCAACUCAGAGCAAGGUGAUGGCAAGAUCUCCAGUGUGUACAUCAAUAACUCCCAUGGUGUCGACGAUGAUGACUUCUAUGACAGGAACCUGGCCUUGUUUGAGGAGGAGAUGGACACUCGGCCGAAGGUGUCGUCUUUACUCAGCCGACUGGUCAACUACACCAACCUCACACAGGGGGCCAAGGAGCACGAGGAGGCCGAGAGCAUAGGGGACAAGCGCAAGAGCGGCAAGGUUGUCAAUGGGAAAUUGCAUUCCGACCUAUCUCCCCAGAUGGGCACGUUCAUGGGCGUCUACCUGCCGUGCCUGCAGAACAUCUUUGGCGUCAUCCUCUUCCUCAGGCUGACCUGGGUGGUGGGCUGUGCCGGGGUGCUGCAGGCCCUCUGCAUCAUCUUCAUAUGCUGCUGCUGUACUCUGCUGACUGCUAUCUCUAUGAGCGCCAUAGCAACGAAUGGGGUUGUACCAGCUGGUGGUUCGUACUUCAUGAUCUCGCGGUCGCUGGGUCCUGAGUUUGGGGGAGCGGUGGGCCUCUGCUUCUACCUGGGCACCACCUUUGCAGGAGCCAUGUACAUCCUGGGAGCCAUCGAGAUCCUGCUGCUCUACAUAGCGCCGGGCAUGGCGAUCUUCGUCGCGUCGGACCUGUCGGGCGAGCAGUCGGCCAUGCUGAACAACAUGCGCGUGUACGGCUCCAUCUGCCUGCUGCUGAUGGCACUGCUGGUCUUCGUGGGCGUCAAGUACGUCAACAAGCUGGCCUCCGUCUUCCUGGCCUGCGUCGUCAUCUCCAUCCUCUCCAUCUACACCGGCGCCGUCGUCUCCGCCUUCAGCCCGCCCCAGUUCCCUGUGUGCAUGCUGGGUAACCGCUCCCUGCGUUCAAGUCGCGACUGCAGCAAGACCGUCCUGGAGCCCCUUCUUCCCCUCCACCCCUCGCUCUCCCCCCCUCCUCCUCAACCUCACUUAACCGACGCCCCCCGCCCAUCCACCACCACCGCCGCCAGCGCCGGCCUCUACUCCAACCUGUCGCUCUCGGAGGCCGGGGACAACGUGACGCUAGGCCCGCCCCUGCCCCCGCUCCCGGGCCAUCCCUCGUCGUCGUCAUCGUCCAUGUCUCCGCCCCCAGCGACCACCGGCCAGCCAAUGGUGGAGGUCUUCUCGUCACUGUGGCAACGCUUCUGCAACACCUCGGAGUCCAACAGCUCGUGCGAGUACUUCCUGCAGAGCAACGUCAGCCAGCUUGAGGGCAUACCUGGACUGGCCAGCGGAGUUAUUAAAGAGAACCUGUGGAGUGCGUACCUGAGUAAAGGGGAGGUGAUUGAGCGGGGCUCUCUCCCCUCCCCAGACUCCACCCUGCAGCCCAAUCACCUGCCCUACGUCUUCGCCGACCUCACCACCUCUUUCACCGUACUCGUCGGAAUAUUCUUCCCCUCCGUCACAGGCAUCAUGGCGGGCUCCAAUCGUUCAGGCGAUCUGAAGGAUGCUCAGCGCUCCAUCCCCAUCGGCACCAUCCUGGCCAUCCUCACCACCUCCUUUGUCUACCUGAGCUGUGUGGUGCUGUUUGGGGCCUGCGUGGAAGGAGUGGUGCUCAGAGACAAAUUUGGCGACUCCGUGAAGAAGAACCUGGUGGUGGGCACCCUGUCUUGGCCCUCCCCCUGGGUCAUCGUGAUUGGCUCCUUCUUCUCGACGUGCGGCGCCGGCCUCCAAUCACUGACCGGCGCUCCUCGUCUCCUUCAGGCCAUCGCUAAAGACAACAUCAUCCCCUUCCUCAGAGUGUUCGGCCAUGGUAAGGCGAAUGGGGAGCCAACUUGGGCUCUGCUGCUCACCGCACUCAUCGCUGAGCUGGGAAUCCUCAUCGCAUCUCUGGACCUCGUAGCUCCCAUACUCUCUAUGUUCUUCUUGAUGUGUUAUCUAUUUGUGAAUCUGGCGUGUGCACUACAGACGUUGCUCAGGACACCCAACUGGAGACCGCGAUUCUCCUACUACCACUGGACGUUGUCCUUCCUGGGCAUGACGAUCUGCCUGGCGCUGAUGUUCAUCUCCUCCUGGUACUACGCCAUCGUGGCCAUGGCCAUCGCUGGAUGCAUCUACAAGUACAUCGAGUACCACGGGGCGGAGAAGGAGUGGGGUGAUGGCAUCAGGGGUCUGUCCCUCAGCGCUGCUCGCUUUGCCCUACUCAGGCUGGAGGAGGGAGCCCCUCACACUAAAAACUGGAGACCUCAGCUGCUGGUCCUAUUAAAGCUGGAUGAGGACGCCCAUGUCAAGUCUCCUCAGCUGCUGACGUUCGCUGCCCAGCUGAAGGCCGGUAAGGGCCUGACCAUCGUGGCCACGGUACUCGGCGGAAACUUCCUACACAGCUACGGAGAGGCGCUGGCCGCCGAACAGACUCUGAAGCACCUGAUGGAGAAGGAGAAAGUGAAGGGUUUCUGCCAGUGCAUCGUGGCCCAGAAGAACCGGGAGGGCAUCAGCCACCUGAUCCAGUCCAGUGGGCUGGGGGGCAUGAAGCCCAACACUGUGGUCAUGGGCUGGCCUCACACCUGGAGGCAGAGCGAGGACCCCCAACACUGGAAAACAUUCAUCAACACGGUGAGGGUGACGACGGCAGCCCACCUGGCCCUCCUGGUCCCUAAGAACAUCUCCCUCUACCCCACCAGUAGCGAGCCCUGCACGGACGGCACCAUCGACGUCUGGUGGAUCGUCCACGACGGGGGCAUGCUGAUGCUGCUGCCCUUCCUAUUGCGCCAACACAAGGUGUGGCGUAAGUGUGCCAUUCGCAUCUUCACGGUGGCCCAGAUGGAGGACAACUCCAUCCAGAUGAAGAAGGACCUGGCCACCUUCCUCUACCAGCUGCGGAUAGAGGCCGAGGUGGAGGUGGUGGAGAUGCAUGACAGUGACAUCAGUGCGUAUACGUACGAGCGGACUCUGAUGAUGGAGCAGCGAUCGCAGAUGCUGAGGCAGAUGAGGCUCUCCAAGUCCGACCGCGACAGAGAGGCCCAGUUAGUCAAGGACCGCAACUCCAUGCUGCGCCUGACCAGCAUCGGCUCAGACGAUGACGACGAGACAGACGGAUGCUCGGCCGCGGGAACAUCGACAGGAGCAUCAGGCGGAGGAGGUGACAGGGGAGCAGGAGGUGACCGUUCAGGAGGAGGAGGAGGAGGAGGAGGAGGCGGCUCGGAGAACCACCGCGUGCACAUGACGUGGACCAAAGAGAGGGCGCAGCGAGCCCUGGCACACACCCAGCAGACGCACUCACACUCGGGCUGCAGCACGCCAGAGGGCUUCAGGGACAUGCUCAGCAUCAGGCCUGACCACUCCAACGUGCGGCGCAUGCACACGGCGGUGAAGCUGAACGAGGUGAUCGUCAACAAGUCCCAUGAUGCUCGGCUGGUCCUGCUCAACAUGCCGGGCCCGCCCAGGAACCCAGAGGGAGACGAGAACUACAUGGAGUUCCUGGAGGUACUAACGGAAGGGCUAGAACGCGUGCUAUUGGUCCGAGGAGGAGGAAGUGAGGUCAUCACCAUCUACUCCUGAUCUGCAAAGAAUCGAGAAAGGAAAGGAAAGCAAAGAAGAAGAAGAGGAAAAAAAGAAAGAAAUGUGACGUUUUUAUUUUUUGCCAACAAGUGAGGGAGCAACAAGGGAGGUCUUAACUUGGAGCUGUGCCUCCGGAAUAUCCAACCCUACUCCAACCCCCCGAUCCCCCCAAACCCCGCACCAGCCCAGUAUACCAAUGGACAACUACAGAACUAAAGGCAUUUUGCAUUGUUGUAGUCGCCCCUCCCCACCACUCACCAUCCAGAUAUCCACCACUUCCAGCCGCCCAGAGUAUGGAUACCGACCAACAUAUCGCAUCGUCCCCCCUGCCCGUGAAACCUCCUUCGCUAGUCCUCCAUGAUGAGUUUUUUUUUAUUAUGGCCAUUAAUGUUCUCACGUUAUACCACUUCCUGUCCGCGAAGAAGACCACUCGAGAAACCCUUUUGAAAAAGCCAAUCCACAUUCCACCCUGUUCCUGGAGUGUGCCGAGUAUUAACUUUAUUUUUUGUUUGUUUUAGUUUUUGUGUGCCCUUGUGCGGACCUGUGCAUAUGUGUGUGUGUGUGUGUGUGAGAGCGAGAGAUAGAGAGAGAGAGAGAGAGAGAGAGGAAGAAACAGACAGAGAGAGAGAGAGAGGAGUGGGGGUGGCUCCAGUGUAAGGCCUAUGACUUAAAUUCUUCAAAGGUUACAAGAUGGGAGUGAGGGGGGAAAAAAUAAAAUCGGGGACCAUUGGUGAGCUGGCAAAUAGGACAGACAGACAGACAGACAAACCGUGUGUGUGUGUGUGUGUGUGUGUGUGUGUGUGUGUGUGUGUGUGUGUGUGUGUGUGUGUGUGUGUGUGUGUGUGUGUGUGUGUGUGUGUGUGUGUGUGUGUGUGUGUGUGUGUGUGUGUGUGUGUGUGUGUGCGCAGAGCAGUGAUGUGGACCAAUGAUUAAACCACUCAAAAACGCAGUGGAACAGAAGGGAGCGGAGCAGAGCUGUGUGUUCCAUUGGAGUGACUCAGGGUCUCAGGAGUAGCUUCAGUAGGUUUGAUAUUGGACCAGGUGUGACAGGGUUGCUCGACCGUGUGUGUGUGCGCGCGUGUGUGUCUGUGUCUGUGUGAAAGAGAGAGAGAGAAUGAGAGCGAGAGAAAGACAGUGUGCUCUACAGUGUCGAUUGAGGGAGAUUGUACUCUUUGUACAAUAACAAAAGUGUGUGUGUGUGUGUCCGUGCCCGUGUGAGUGUGUGCGUGCAUGUGUGUGUGACUGAGUAUGUGUGAGGCUGUGUGUCUGUUUCAGGUAACUCGUACUCUCUGUACAACAACAAAAGUCAGCUUAUUGGAUAUGUGUGAUCACCAAGAGGAGUGUGGUGUUGGUUCUUGGUUACGAGCCAUGUAAAUGAAUGUGUUCAUUUGUGCGUGCGUGCGUGUGUGUGUGUGUGUGUGUGCGCGCGCGCGCGUGCGCGCGUGUGCCAUGCGCUGAAGCUGGAGCUGGAAUUUAUUUUGGAGGGGAAAUGGGUUGCCAGAUGUCAAAAUGGGUUAACAGUGUUGUAGCAAUAUACUGUAGAUGUGGCGUUGUUGCAUAUUGGACCACAACCGAAACCAUCACAAAAGCAUGCUGUUUCAAAGAUGUCUAAAGUGUUCUAACUGUGGUCUGCAAAAAAGCUGUGUGAGUGUGCGUGCCUACGUGCAUGAGUUUGAGAGACAGUGUGAGUGUGAGAGGCGUGCGUGUGUGCGUGCGUGUGCGUGUGUGUGUGUGUGUGUGUGUGUGUGUGUGUGUGUGUGUGUGUUUGUGUGUGUCAGUGUGUGUCAGUCAGAGUGAUAGGGAAAGUAUGCGUGGUCAUGAAAUUGCUUGUAUAAUCCAACGGGCAAAGAUACUGUAUCGGUGCGCCAUUGUGUUUUUUGCUCGACACCUUUGCUAUCUUGUGCUGUCCAAUCCACCACCAAAUCUAUACCUCCUCUGCCAUCGUAUCAUGCAGUCUCUGAGCUGUGUGUGUGUGCGUGUGUGCGCGCGUGUGUGUGUCCACGCCUGUGUGUGUUUGUGGGCACUUGUGUACGUCAGCUGCCUACAUUGACGCCUGUGAACUCAGCUUAUCAAGUAAAUGAGGAGAGGAGUGGGGAAGGAGGCAUUUUUAUUACACUUACCUUGUCUCUCAGUGUUGUUCAUUUCAUGUGCAGGGAUUGUAUUUUUUUGUCUUAUUUCUUGGCUUGUAUAUACUCAAAGAUGUCCCAGGUUUUAUCUUCUUUUUUUAAAAAAACGUCAUCCGUUGGAAAAAUGGACAACUGCUUCGGAACUGGGAAUAAACCAAUUUUGUGAAGAA